GGUAGGUACAAUUCUUGAAUUAGGAAAAUGAAUCUUGGUUGUGCUACAUAAUUAGGUGAUUAUAAGUUCGUCGAGAUCCCCCAGCCUCCUUUCAGUCUCAACUUCCAUUUUCUUUAUUCCCUGCCUAAUAGACUUCAUCAGAAAGUUGGGAAACAUAAAACACACGAUGGCAGAUUCUUCUGAGUUUCAGCAGUACGAGUCAUCGACCUAUUGGGUCGCACCAGCCAGAAAUUUCCGAACCUCUGCGCGACUCCAUCUACAACAUCUUCUAUUCCAAAACACACUUGGCUAUCUUCUAGAGCCUCGAGUUCAAGGCUCCAUCUCAAGCUCAACGCAGUCGGAAUUGAAAGUCGCCGAUCUUGGAUGUGGCAAUGGCGUCUGGCUGAGCGACCUGGAUGAAGAGCUCUCUCGGAAGGGCAUAUCCGCGAGUUUGGAUGGCUAUGAUGUCAAUCCAAUUAACUUUCCAGCGCCUGCCCAUCUUCCACAGUCAAUAACAGUGAAAAAGCUUGAUGUUUUGGCGAGACCACUACCCCAAGAGAUCACAGGUGUCUAUGAUAUUGUCCACGUGCGGGCGUUUACUAGCAUCAUAGUCAACGCGGAUCUUGAUCCAUUAUUGUCUACUGCACUAGCCUUAUUGAAGCCAGGAGGAUGGCUUCAAUGGGAAGAGUUGCGAGCCGAUAGAUACCUUGUCGAGUCGCCUUCUCCAGAAAUCUCAAAGUCUGCUUGCGAAACUCUUGUACAUAUCGUACAGGCAGGUGGGAAAGCAAGGGGCGCAACAUACGAGUUCCUGGGAGAGCUGGACCAGCAUCUAAAGCAGUAUGGCUUCACCGACGUCCAUAUGCAGACGACCGACACACGAAAGAGGGAUUGGAAAGCCUGGACUGAGGAUUAUUUGAUGAUCUGGGAGGAACUCUCCGUAUUCUUCCCACCCAAGGCAAAACAGCCCCAGGCACCCAUGACGAGAGAGUCUUGGAUAGACUUGUUUGCAAAGGCCGUUCAGGAAACGGAAGAGGGCGUUGCAGUGCACAAUGGGAGCGCCGUAACCGUGGUUGGACGCAAGGCCGCAUGAUGAUUUCCUACAUGAUGUUUAACGACUAGACCUAAACUUGACCUUAUGGGUGUCCACAAGUUCCAAUAGAGACCGUUCUCAAUUUGUCCCUAAAUAACGCCUACGGUUAAUUUUCUUUUAAAGUCAGGUUUUAUGUCUUUUGACAAUAUAAGAGUGUUUAUGGUAAUGUCAUUAUAGUUAUAAGUAACGAUAGACAAUCC